AACAGCGGAGCUGUGAAGCGCGGCAGAAGUGCGGAGUCAGUAGCGCUCGGUCGCCCGGGGAAGUACACAUUGCCGCACGGUCGUCUUGUUCUCCAUUUUUCGCCGUGUGCACUACAGGACCCGUGCGUUUUAGUCGCCCUUCCCUGCGUCCGAGCAAUCGCACUUGGCCAGAAGGUCAAUGUAAUGGUUUUUAAAGGUUAGCUGAACGCUUUUGCUCGGGGGCUGUUUGUUCAGCUCGCUCGUGCUGCCGUUGCCUUAGCUGUGGUUAGCGUUUCCAUUGAUACGGUUUCGUGGCGGGCUUUUCACUUUGUUGAAAUCCAGAAUUAUGGGAGCCUGGAACAUAUUGCAUGUUUUAUAGAAACAAAGACUGUACUCUCACGAAGAUUACUAAAUCGAUUCGGCGAAUGAAAGUGAGUCUCUGGUCUCUACCAUUUUCUUUUGUCAUACUUGUGAACUCUCGCUGCUAAACCUGUAGGAUGCGGUGGGCAGCCUAGCCGUACGACAGGGGUAGAACAUAUUUGUUGACUGCAAUCCACGAACUGCAAAUAACUAUCAAAAGGGGAUCCGAGAUGUCUAAUCCGACGAGGUUCAAAAAGGAUAAAGAAAUUAUUGCAGAAUAUGAGAGUCAAGUGAAAGAGAUCCGGGCCCAGCUGGUGGAGCAGCAGAAAUGCCUGGAGCAGCAGACAGAGAUGCGGGUCCAGCUCCUCCAGGACCUGCAGGACUUUUUCCGCAAGAAGUCCGAGAUCGAGAUGGAGUACUCCCGCAACCUGGAGAAGCUGGCCGAGCGCUUCAUGGCCAAGACCCGCAGCACCAAGGACCACCAGCAGUACAAGAAAGACCAGAACCUGCUGUCCCCGGUUAACUGCUGGUAUCUGCUGCUGAACCAGGUGAGGCGGGAGAGCAAGGACCACGCCACCUUGAGCGACAUCUACCUGAACAACGUCAUCAUGCGCUUCAUGCAGAUCAGCGAGGACUCUACGCGGCUCCUGAAGAGGAGCAAAGAGAUAACCUUUCAGCUGCAGGAGGACUUGAUGAAGAUUCUCAAUGAGCUCUACACGGUGAUGAAGACUUACCACAUGUACCACACGGAGAGCCUGAGCGCUGAGUGCAAGCUAAAGGAGGCGGAGAAGCAGGAGGAGAAGCAGAUGGGGCGUGCGGGGGACCCCGUCUUCCAUAUCCGCAUGGAGGACAAGCACCAACGUCGCAGCUCCGUCAAGAAGAUGGAGAAGAUGAAGGAGAAGCGACAGGCCAAAUACUCGGAGAACAAGCUGAAGUCAAUCAAAGCCCGCAACGAGUACCUCCUGACACUGGAAGCAACAAAUUCCUCUGUUUUCAAGUAUUACGUUCAUGACUUGUCUGACUUAAUUGAUUGCUGCGAUCUCGGGUACCACGCCAGCCUGAACCGGGCGCUGCGCACCUACCUCUCGGCCGAGUACAACCUGGAGACGUCGCGGCACGAGGGGCUGGACAUCAUGGAGAACGCCGUGGACAGCCUGGACCCCCGCAGCGACCGCCAGCGCUUCAUGGAGAUGUACCCCACCGCCUUCUGCCCUCCCGCCAAAUUCGAGUUCCAGCCCCACAUGGGCGAUGAGGUGUGUCAGAUCACCGCGCAGCCCCCCGUGCAGGCCGAGCUCAUGCUACGUUUCCAGCAGCUGCAGUCCCGCCUCGCCACCCUGAAGAUCGAGAACGAGGAGGUGAAGAAGACCUCGGAGGCCACGCUCACCACCCUGCAGGACAUGGUGACCAUCGAGGACUACGACGUGUCCGAGUGCUUCCACCACAGCCGCUCCACCGAGUCGGUCAAGUCCACCGUGUCCGAGACCUACCUCAGCAAGCCCAGCAUCGCCAAGAGGAGGGCCAACCAGCAGGAGACCGAGCAGUUCUACUUCAUGAAAUUCCGCGAGUUUCUGGAGGGCAGUAAUCUCAUCUCCAAGCUGCAGGCCAAGCAUGACCUGCUGAAGAGGACGCUCGGGGAAGGUCACCGAGCCGAGUACAUGACCACAAGGCCUCCGACCCUGCCCCCCAAACCCCAGAAAGCGCGGAAAGCUAGACCCCACUCCGUUUUUAACGCCAGGUUAUUUAACGGCGAUUUGGAGGCGUUUGUCAAGGACUCUGGACAGGCCAUCCCUCGUGUGGUGGAAAGCUGCAUUCGCUUCAUCAAUCUCUAUGGUCUUCAACAUCAAGGGAUCUUCCGAGUGUCGGGAUCGCAGGUGGAAGUCAAUGACAUCAAGAACUCAUUCGAGAGAGGUAAUGACCCGCUGACGGACGAGGAGAACAACCACGACAUCAACUCCGUCGCCGGCGUUCUCAAACUCUACUUUCGGGGCCUGGAGAACUCCCUCUUUCCCAAGGAAAGAUUUAACGACCUCAUUUCCUGUGUCAGAAUAGACAAUCUUUACGACAGAGCGCUGUACAUCCGCAAGAUCCUGCUCACUGUACCCAGAUCAGUCCUGAUAGUGAUGCGGUACCUAUUCGCCUUCCUCAACCACUUGUCCCAGUACAGCGACGAGAACAUGAUGGACCCCUUUAACCUGGCCAUCUGCUUCGGCCCCACCCUGAUGCCCACGCCCGACAUCCAGGACCAGGUGUCCUGCCAGGCCCACGUCAACGAGAUCAUCAAGACCAUCAUCAUCCACCACGAGACCAUCUUCCCCGACGCCAAGGAGCUGGACGGCCCCGUCUACGAGAAGUGCAUGGCUGGCGGUGACUAUUGUGACAGUCCCUACAGUGAGCACGGAGCCCUGGAGGAGGUGGACCAGGAUGGGGGAAUGGAGACCCACACCAGUGAGGACGAGGGGGAUCCCAUCGAAGCCAUAGCCAAAUUCGACUACGUGGGGCGCUCCGCCCGCGAGCUGUCCUUCAAGAAGGGGGCGUCCCUGCUGCUGUACCAGCGGGCGUCGGACGACUGGUGGGAGGGCCGGCACAACGGCAUCGACGGGCUGGUGCCGCACCAGUACAUCGUGGUGCAGGACAUGGACGAUGCGUUCUCCGACUCUCUGAGCCAGAAGGCGGACAGCGAAGCCAGCAGCGGGCCCGCCGCAGAUGACAAGUGUUCAGGCAGGGACAUGAGCUCCCCCACAGACCGACUCCCAGAGGCCUACAUCAGCAGCAGGCACAGGAAGAGAACAGACCCCCCCUCGCGUCGCCCCCCCGGUCGUCCUAGCGACGGGCACUGCACGGUGCACCCCUCCUCGCAGGGCCACGGCAACGCGCCCCUGGAGACGGGCUCCCCCGGCGUGGGUCACUACAGCCCGCGGGACCUCCUGCGUGGGCGGAACCACCUGCCGCUGGACAGCCCCGAGCGCCACCGCCGCACGGGACACGGCGGCCUGGGCGGGGUCAGCCGCCACGAGUCGCUGAAGAAGACGGAGAGCCCGCCGCUGCGUCGCUCCACCUCCUCCGGACAGUACGCCGGCUUCACGCAGCCCCACGGCAAGCCGCUGGACCCCGAGACCAUCGCGCAGGACAUCGAGGAGACGAUGAACACGGCCCUGAACGAGCUGCGGGAGCUGGAGAGGCAGAGCUCGGCCAAGCACGCGCCGGACGUGGUGCUGGACACGCUGGAGCAGAUGAAGAACGCCCCCGUUCCCACCCCUGCGCCCACACCGGCCAGCUCCACCGAGUCCCUCAGCCCCCUCCACAGCCUCCUGCUGCGGUCCGCCGAGUCGGGCCGCCGCGGCCCCCUCUCCGGCGCCGGAACCGGGCCCUCCAGCGAUGCCAUGAGCACCUUCAAGCCCGUGGUGGCGCCCCGCAUGGGGGUGCAGCUCAAACCCCCCGCCCUGCGCCCCAAACCCCUGGUGCUGCCCAAAACCGGCCCCGCCCAGCCCCCUGCCCCCCCGCCUCAAGACCCCCUGGACAAGACCUGCACAAUGUGA